GUCAAAUACUCGGAGCAUUGAUACCGUGCACUGUCACUUAAACUGAAACUUCAGUGUAUUAAUUAAUUGUGUACCAUAAGAAAAACGCUAAAUUAUGUCACACGAAGCACCGCGUGAUAAGCCAUCCAACUCCAGUAAUCCUCUGGUGUUCUUGGAUGUAGAUAUUGGUGGGGAGCGAGUUGGACGUGUUGUUUUGGAGCUGUUUGCAGACAUUGUUCCUAAAACUGCUGAAAAUUUCCGAGCAUUGUGUACUGGAGAAAAAGGAAAUGGGCCUUCAACAGGAAAACCACUUCAUUUUAAAGGAUGUCCUUUCCACAGAAUUAUUAAGAAAUUUAUGAUUCAGGGUGGUGAUUUUUCCAAUCAUAAUGGAACAGGUGGAGAAAGUAUAUAUGGUGCAAAAUUUGAAGAUGAAAAUUUUCACUACAAGCAUGACUGUGCAGGAUUACUCAGUAUGGCAAACGCAGGACCCAAUACUAAUGGUUCACAAUUUUUUAUCACAACGGUGCCUACUCCUCACUUGGAUGGCAAGCAUGUGGUAUUUGGUCAGGUGUUAAAAGGCAUGGGAAUAGUGAAGAUGUUGGAGAAUGCAGACGUUAAAGAAGAAAGCAAGCCUGUUAAACCAUGUAUCAUAGCGGAUUGUGGAGAACUAAAAGAAGGGGAUGACUGGGGCAUUGCUGCAACAGAUGGCACUGGGGAUGAACAUCCAGACUUUCCUGAGGACUCUGAUUGUGACCUAAAAGAUGUUGAAAAAGUGAUAUCUAUUGCAGAAGAUCUGAAGAAUGUUGGAAAUAUAUUAUUUAAGUCGCAAAAUUGGCAACUGGCUAAACAGAAGUAUGCCAAGGCUUUAAGAUAUGUGGAAUGUUCUAAAGAAGUAGUAGAUGAGAGUCAACAGAAGAAGUUGCAUCCCAUUUCUAUAACUUGUCAUCUUAACCUUGCUGCCUGUAAAUUAAAGCUUUUAGACUGGCCUGGGGCUAUUGACAGUUGCACAGAGGCCCUUGAUAUGGAUCCAGCAAAUGCUAAAGCUCUCUACAGAAGGGGUCAAGGCUGGCAGGGGCUAAAAGAUUUUGAACAAGCACUGGCAGACUUUAAGAAGGCACAAGAGAUAGCACCAGGCGAUAAAGCCAUCAAUGCAGAAAUUAUUAAGAUCAAGCAGAAAGUAAAUGAAGAACGAGAAAGAGAGAAAAAGGCAUAUGCAAAAAUGUUUGCUUGAGGGAAGAUACUGCAUGCUAGUCUUUUUCAUCAGUGUAAAGCCUAAACAUGGAGUAAGCGAUGAAUGACAGAUUUGCUAUGAAAACUACAGAAAUCCAUACAGGAAGUAGUUAACUCUAAAACUGAUCCAUCCAUAUGCAGCCUUAUUUGUUCUGCCUAUCUGUUAAUAUUGGUAUAUGGAAAUAAAGUUUGUAAUAUUUGACCUUGCAAAUGUAAAACUCAGGAUCAGUUGCACAUAUAAAACAUUAUCUUUUAAAUAUGCAAUUGUAAGAACACUGCUGGGAAUGGUAAACUGUCAUUCGUUAUCUAGAGCAAAGGAUAAUGUUAAACAAAUAAAGGUCAUUGGUUUAUAUUGUAAAA